AUGCCGCAACCAUUGAACCCCAAGGACCAGUCCUUGUUUCGUCAAGUGGUUCGCAACUUUGAGCUGAAGCAAUACAAGAAAGGCAUCAAAACGGCAGACCAAGUUCUCCGGAAGAACCCUAAACAUGGCGAUACGCAGGCGAUGAAGGCUCUGAUUAUGAGCAACAUGGGGCAGUCAGAGGAGGCCUUUACGCUGGCCAAGGAGGCCCUGCGCAAUGACAUGAAGUCGCACAUUACCUGGCACGUUUACGGCCUGCUAUACCGACAGGAGAAGAACUACGAGGAGGCGAUCAAGGCAUACCGAUUUGCUUUGAGACUUGAACCCGAAUCAGCUCCCAUCCAAAGGGAUCUGGCCUUGCUUCAGAUGCAGAUGCGCGAUUUCCAGGGUUAUAUCCAGACUCGCACAGCGAUGCUGCAAGCGCGCCCCGGCGUGCGACAGAACUGGACAGCGCUGGCAAUCGCUCACCACUUGUCCGGAGAUUUGGAGGAGGCCGAGAAGGUGCUUACCACAUAUGAGGACACACUGAAGGGAACCCCACCUGUUUCGGAUAUGGAGAACUCAGAGGCAAUUUUGUACAAGAACACCAUUAUCGCGGAGACAGGCAACCUUGAAAGAGCCCUCGAGCAUCUUGAGAAAUUUGGAUACCGGUGUACAGAUGUUCUUGCGGUCAUGGAGAUGAAGGCCGACUACCUCCUGCGACUUGGACCCGACCGCAAGGCCGAGGCUGAGGAGGCAUACACUGCGCUUUUGGAACGGAACCCUGAGAACUCGAUCUACUAUAAUGGCUUGAUACAGGCAAAGGGUAUUGCGGAGAGCGACCACAAGGCAUUGAAGGCUCUAUACGAUGAAUGGGUGGAGAAGAACCCGCGUGGUGAUGCGGCUCGCCGUAUCCCCCUCGAUAUCCUAGAAGGGGAAGACUUCAAGCAAGCCGCCGAUAUUUACCUGCAGCGGAUGCUGAAGAAGGGAGUUCCAUCCCUUUUCGCCAACAUCAAAUCCCUGUACACCCACUCCGCCAAGCGUGACAUAGUGCAGGAACUGGUGGAGGGCUAUGUCUCCAGCAGCCCGGCACAAGGGAAUGGCUCUGAUGAUGCCAAAGAAAAAGAAUUCCUGGAAUCAUCUUAUUAUUUCUUGGCCCAACACUACAACUACCACCUCAGCCGCAACAUGUCCAAGGCUAUGGAGAAUGUCGACAAGGCCAUCGAGCUCUCACCAAAGGCCGUGGAAUACCAGAUGACCAAGGCGCGAAUCUGGAAGCACUAUGGCAACCCGGUCAAAGCAGCACAGGAAAUGGAGAAGGCCCGUCUGUUGGAUGAGAAGGACCGCCACAUUAACACCAAGGCUGCCAAAUACCGGCUCCGCAACAACGAGAACGAGAAGGCUCUGGAAAACAUGAGCAAGUUCACCCGCAACGAGACUGUUGGUGGCGCGAUGGGUGACCUCCACGAGAUGCAGUGCCUGUGGUAUCUUACGGAGGAUGGUGAAGCAUACCUGCGACAGAAGAAGCUGGCCCUGGCACUCAAGCGCCUCCAUGCCGUGUACAACAUUUUUGAUACCUGGCAGGAGGAUCAGUUCGACUUCCACAGCUUCUCUCUGCGCAAGGGUAUGAUUCGUGCCUAUGUCGACAUGGUGCGCUGGGAAGAUCGUCUGCGCGAGCAUCCCUUCUACACACGGAUGGCUACCUCUGCCAUCAAGGCAUACAUCCUUCUCCAUGACCAGCCUGAGCUCGCCCAUGGACCGAUGCCCACUGUUGUCAAUGGCGCCGAUGGAUUGACUGACGAGGAGAAGAAGAAGGCUCUCAAGAAGGCCAAGAAAGAGCAGCAACGCCUGGAGAAGAUCGAGUCCGAUAAGCGCGAGGCAAGAAAGGCUGCUGCGGCCAAUGCCAAGAGCAUUGACGGAGAGGUGAAGAAGGAGGACCCCGAUCCAUUUGGCAACACCCUGGUGCAGACCAAGGAUCCCCUCAAUGAGGCCAUGAAGUUCUUGACACCCCUUCUUUCCCUGAGCUCGCAGAACAUUGAGUCCCAGACCCUCGGUUUCGAGGUUUACCUCCGCAGAAACAAGCACAUCCUUGCCGUGAAGUGCCUCUCAGCUGCCCAUGCUAUCGACCCCUCCAACCCCACUCUCCACCUGCAGCUCUUGCAAUUCCGCAAGGCUCUCGACAAGCCUGCUGAGCCUCUUGACCCUAAGGUUGCCGAGGUUGUCGAAGCUGAAUUCGAGAAGCUGCUUCCCAAGUCCCAGAAGCUCGAGGAUUUCAACGAGUCUUUCUUGUCUGCCAACAAGGGUAGUGCCACACAUGUUCAGGCCGCUCUCUCUGGUCGUAUUUUCCUAAACGCGGACUCCAAGGCCCAGUGUGAGCAGGACCUGUUGGCUACCCUCGACUCUUCUGACAUCACCAUUGAUGAAGCCGUUCUUGCUCUCGACCUUCUGACCAAGUGGGGCGGCGAUAAGGCCGCCUAUGCGGAGAAGGCGAAGCAGAAGUGGCCUGAGUCUUCUGUUUUCCAGCUGAACUAG